CUCGGGUUAAGCGUACAUUUACUGAAGCCCAAUGUCUGGGAGGAUAGUGCCCAUGUUGAUCCUGUUCCUGGGCUCGCUUGCUCUUAUAGCUAGCCAGUCGACAGUUUCAUCAGACAGUUCCACGUUGGAAGACAGUUCUACCACGACUUUUGCCACAUCAAGUGAACCAUCUGUUUCAUCAGAGAUUGUAACAUAUAUAGGGGAUUCAGAAUCUUCUGAAGAAAAUACAUCUACUGAUGAUUACACAUCAACUGAUGUGUCCACAUCGACUGAGGAUUCUACACCUACUGAAGAUUCCACAUCAACUGAUGUGUCCACAUCGCCUGAUGAUUCCACAUCUACUGAAGAUGCCACAUCUACUGACGAUUCCACAUCAACUGAAGAUUCCUCAUAUACAUUAAGCAUCACAUCCACUGAAGAUACAUUGACAAACUACACAUCAGUUGACGCUUCCUCAUCUCAAGAGUUCACAUCUUCUGAAACUUUCGAAGUUACAGAGGAAUUAGCAUCUUCAGAAAUCCCUGAAACAACAGAUACCACGUCUACUGAGGAUACAACAUCUACUUAUGAUUCCACAUCUAUUGAAGACGCCUCAUCAAGUGAAGAAGUCACAUCUACUGACGAUUCCACAUCUACUGGUGAUUCUACAUCUAUUGAAGAUGCCUCCUCAAGUGAAGAAGUCACAUCUACUGGUGAUUCCACAUCUACUUUUGAUGCCUCAUCAACUGAUGAUUCCACAUCUACUUUUGAUGCCUCAUCAACUGAUGAUUCCACAUCUACUGUUGAUUCCAUAUCUACUUUUGAUGCCUCAUCAACUGAUGAUUCCACAUCUACUGUUGAUUCCAUAUCUACUUUUGAUGCCUCAUCAACUGAUGUUUCCACGUCUACUUAUGAUUCCUCAUCUAUUGAAGACGCCUCAUCAAGUGAAGAAGCCACAUCUACUGUUGAUUCCACAUCUUCUGAAUAUGCCACAUCUACUGAUGAUGAUUCCGACGAUGAUUCCGAAUCUACUGAUGAUUAUGAAUCUACUGAUGAUUAUGAAUCUACUGAUGAUUCCACAUCCUCUGAGGAUGCCACAUCUACUGAUGAUUCCACAUUUACCGUUGAUUACACAUAUACUUCUGAUUUUACCUCCAUUGAUGACACGCUAUCUACUUAUGUCACAACUAGUGACGGAAUUGCAACCUCAUCCUCUGAUAGUGUUUCAAGUAUUGGUUCUGAUACAGAGAUUUUCACAACAUUGUUAUCAACAGUCACAUCCACUGAAAGCAUCUCAGCCACUGAAGACACCACAACCACUGAAGGAACAACAACCACUGAAGGUACCACAACCACUGAAGGCACCACAACCACUGAAGGUAUCACAACCACUGAAGGCUCCACAGCCACUGAAGGUAUCCCAACCACUGAAGGCACCACAACCACUGAAGGUAUCACAACCACCGGAGUCAUCACAACCACAGAAGGCACCACAACCACUGAAGGUCUCCCAACCACUGAAGACACCACAACCACUGAAUUAAUUACAACCACAGAAGUCAUCUCAACCACUGAAGGCACCACAACGACUGAGAGUAUUACAACAAAUGGGGGCGUCACAACCACUGAAGGCACCACAACCACUGAAGUCAUCACAACCACUGAAGGUAUCCCAACCACAGAAGGCACCACAACCUCUGAAGGUAUCACAACGACUGAAGGUAUCGCGACCACAGAAGGCACCACAACCACUGAGAGUAUUACAACCACUGAAGGCGUAACACACACUGAAGGCACCACAACCACUGAAGUCAUCACAACCACUGAAGGUAUCCCAACCACAGAAGGCACCACAACCACUGAAGUCAUUACAACUACUGAGAGUAUUACAACCACUGAAGGACGCACCACAACCACUGAGAGUAUUACAACCACUGAAGGCGUAACAACCACAGAAGGUAUCACAACCACUGAAGGUAUCACAACCACUGAAGGUAUCACAACUACUGAAGUUACCACAACCACUGAAGGUAUCCCAACCACUGAGAGUAUUACAACCACUGAAGGCGUAACAACCACAGAAGGUAUCACAACUACUGAAGGUACCACAACCACUGAAGGCACCACAACCACUGAAGGUAUCACAACCACUGAAGGCACCACAACCACUGAAGGCACCACAACCACUGAGAGAGUUACAACUGCUGAAAUCAUCACAACUACUGGAGAUACCACAACCACUGAAACCUUGUCAAAAUAA